AUGCGGGGCAUCAACUUGCCAGCGACGCAGGGCACGAGCAACGCGGGGAACUUCCUUCCAGGAGUUUAUCCCUUCGACUACUCUGCGGCCGACCUGGACAAGGCUCGCCAGAAGGGCUUCGACGCCCUGCGGCUGCCGGUGAACGUGUCAACUGCCGACGCCCCUGCAGCACUUGGGUCGAUCCGCGCAUACUUCGACUCCUUUGGCGGCCAAGGCCUCCUUUGCUUCUUCGAGGAGAGUUCCGACCCCCAGGCCGCACCCCACGGCAGCGGCUGCGCAGACGUCGCAGCGGCCAGCGCCACCUGGAUGAAGGCUCAUGCAGCCUUCUCCGACACCGGCGUGCUCUACGAGAUCUUCAACGAGCCUUUUGGAUACAAAAUGGCGGAAGAGUACCUCCACAACAUGCUGCUAAUCCUCCACUACGCCCAGCUCCCCGUCGGCCGCUGCGUGCUGGAUGGCUUCGGUUAUGCAGACGACGUUCAGGUGCUCCAUCGCCUGGGAUGGCAAGGCUAUCUGGCCUAUCACUUCUACCCGAACUGGUUGCCGGAGGGACAGCGGACCGAGCAGGACUACGCGCGGAAGGUCUCGCAGGACUUGGCGGGCAUUCAGGACCGCACGUUGAUCACGGAAUUUGGGGCCGGCCUGGAUUUGUCUGACGACCAGAAGGCUGGUCGCGAGCCAUCCGAGGAUGCCCAGUGCCUUCGCGGUCUUGCUGCAGCUGUGCGGCAGCUGCCUUCGCUGCAAGGCGCCUUUCACUGGCACGGCUGGGACAACGGAGACUCCUAUGACUUCUGGGGUCCCGGCAACCAGCUGGGUGCAGAUCUGGUCCUGGCCGUGCUGGAUGGAUGUGGCACCAGCAAGCCGAGGCCUUCCACUACCGCGGCGGAGCCCCUGGCACUUUUCCGGAAGGAGGAGAUGACUUACUUGCUACUACUCUCGGACCGGCGCUUCCCGCAGAUGCCAGACUGGGGUUGGACGUUUGAGCGCAUUGCGUGCUAUUGCUGGCCAGAAGCGGAUGCCAGUCUGGCCGAGACCGUGCCGGUGCAGUGCUGGCGCAAGGGCGAGCUCGCCUGCUACUGCCUCGCGGACUCCGGCCCAGACCCUCCAGGCCCUGGCUUCACCAAAGAGUGCUUGGCCUUUCGCGCACUGCCGGCGGCCUGCGAUCUGCCAAACACAGCUGUCGUGCAUGAGUGGCGCAAAGAGGAGCUGACCUACUACUCGCGUGAAGACUGGGAAGGCUACGGCCGCUUGCCAUCCUGGGGCUGGACAUACCACGGAGCUGUCUUCCGCGUCCCUGCGGCCUAG